AUGGUUGACACUUUGCAAGCCAUCAGCACUGCUUUGCAGGUAGUCUGCGGCGCAGCCAUAGUCAGUAACGUCCUUGCCGUGGUGCUAUUUGCAGCUACCAAGCAGCUCCGCGUCAAGUACUACGGCUUCGCCUUCAACCUCGUGCUCGGCGACAUUGCGGCUCCGACCUUCAUCUUGCUUGUAAAAUUCAGAGCGUACUUGCAGGUUCCCAGCGUGGUGUCUUUAAGUUUGUUCCACACGUCCCUGUGUGCCGUGGAGCUGAGCAUCCUAGCGAUUGCUGUGAAUCGACUCCUAGCUUUGACCAUCACGCCCCCAGCUCGCUAUGACGCCAUGGUGACACGCGGUCGCAUGCUGGCAGCUUGCCUGCUGAUUUGGGUCAUCUCUGCCGCCCUCUAUGUCCCCACCACGCAUAUCAACACCCCGCUUGUGGCAUACAUGCUGCGGCCGUUGAUCUCGCUAGUCAUCCUGCUCAUCACGGCUGUCUUGUACUGCACCGUGUUCCGUCAAAUCGCCCGGUACACUCCACCACUUGCAUCCACCGAAGGCGCCCGGGCCGACGAGUCCGUGGCCCGUGCGCGCCUCCGCCAGACGCGCUACUUGAUGAUCACCUUCGCUAUUAUCUUAGUCACGUGCUUCGCUUGUUGGAUCCCAUUCUGCAUCGCCAACUUCAUGAAUUACGUCAGUGGCAAGAUAUAUUCCGUUCAGCCCCAAAGCCUCAAGGUUCUCUACCAGCUCUCCCUCCUCCUACUGAUGCUCAACUCUCUCAUUAACCCGUUCAUCUACUGGUGGCGUAUCCGAGAAUUCCGUGACGGCAUGUACCGUUGGGUCUGCCUUGUGAGGGGAUCUGCUGAUCCUGAGAAUGAAGUGGUCACCCUGCAAACAAUGCAGGAACCAGAAAAUUGA